AUGAGCGCGCUUUUAGAAACCUCCCUGGGCGAUAUUGUCAUAGACCUGUUGGUCGAUGAUGCACCUAAAGCGUGUGACAACUUCCUGAAGCUGUGCAAGCUCAAGUAUUACAAUUUUUCGCCCAUUCAUAGCGUCCAGAAGAACUUUACCUUCCAGACCGGCGACCCACUCGGCCCUGAUGCACCGGAAAGCGAUGGAGGGUCUUCCGUAUGGGGUCUGCUGGACGGACCGUCCAAGAGAACCUUCCCCAUUGAGGUGCCGCGAAGAUUGAAACAUUUGGAGCGCGGUACUGUCAGCAUGGCUACGGUUCCGUCGGCCAACGACCCCGACCAGCGAAUGGCCGCGAGUCAGUUCAUCAUCACACUAGCGGACAAUCUGGAUUACCUGGAUGGGAAAGCUGCAAUCUUUGGCAAGGUUGUAGAAGGGUUCGACGUACUGGAUAAAAUCAAUGAGUCUUUUAUUGAUGACCGCGGUCGACCAUUAAAGGAUAUUCGAAUUCGUCACACAACAGUCCUGGAUGACCCUUUUGAUGACCCGCCAAAGCUGGUUGAGCCAGCAGAAAGCCCCGUGCCCUCCAAAGCGCAACUGGCGACUGUGAGAAUCGCAGACGACGAGGAACUGGAUGAUAAUAUGGACGAAGAGACAAUGGAGAAGUUGCGGCGCGAACGCGAGGCUCGCGCCCAAGCUUUGACAUUGGAGAUGGUGGGCGAUCUGCCCUUUGCCGAUGUCAGGCCACCAGAGAACAUUCUUUUUGUUUGCAAACUGAACCCGGUCACACAAGGUUCGUUGAGCUUCCCCGCACUGAGAGAUUGCACUAACUCCCCACUAGACGAGGACUUGAAUUUGAUCUUUAGUCGCUUUGGAACGAUCUUGUCAUGCGAGGUCAUUCGGGACAAGCGCACCGGCGACAGUCUGCAGUAUGCUUUCAUCGAAUUUGAUGAGCAGAAAGAUUGCGAACAAGCCUACUUUAAGAUGCAGGGUGUCUUGAUUGACGACCACCGCAUCCACGUGGAUUUCUCCCAGAGUGUUUCCAAGCUAUCUGAGUCCUGGCGCAACUCCACUGUCACCAAGCGCCGACCAAGAGGCGGCUUCGGUGGUGUCGAUGAUUUGGAGGAGAAACGACAGUACCGAGAGGUUGUCGAUGCUCCUGUGGAUCAGGAUGACGCCAGGUAUAACAUGGUGUUUGACAAGAACAAGAAGAAGAAUUCAGGCGCUGCUCCCUCUGGCCGGAAUCCAGAGUCCCGCCGAGACUCAAGUCGAAGCCCUCGACGGAAUCAGGAUCGAUACCGGCGUCGCUCUUACAGCCGGAGCCCACGAAGGGAUUCACGAAAAGAUCGUGAACGGGAACAAGGCCGUUACCGUGAUGAUCGCCGUCGAUACUAG